CAAAAAAAAACUGGGAAUCCGUAUAAAGUCAAUGAACUAAGUCAUGAAGAUUUCUUGGAUUUUAAAGACCUAUGGGCAAACAUUGGAUGUAACUCUACAGUUAAUGUGUCAGGAUGUACUGUUGCAAUGAAUGACAUCAAAAUAAUUAAAGUUGAGAAAGAUUCUCCCUUUAAAAUCAAGUACAAGACAACUUAUGAUGACACAGUUGACUUUCAAGAAAUUUUCAUCCAGCAGAUUGAUAUUGAAGAAAACGAGGAUUUAUUCGGAGACAACAAGAAGAGUCACACUAAGAAGAAAACCAGAAGUUCAAAGAAGAAACAACAGGUUUUUCCUGUGCAUUGUUCAGAUGUUGCUUUAAAAAAAUUAUACGAGCAAAGACUGGGAAUUUCAGUUAACAAGAAAAAAGCCUUACAAUACUUACUUGAAAAAACAUGUUAUUCCAAGUUGCUAUGCACCAUUUUAUAA